GUCACACCCACAACCAUCUUCUCCCUUAAAUACCCCUGAGAGACAAUUGAGGGCUGUAUAUAUACAGGGCAGCCCAGCUUCUGGCUCUUCUGCUCCCUGUGGCAGUAAAAUAAAAAGGACAUAUCAUAUCAUAAUAUGGACAAUCUACAGUACUCCAUAGCCCCCACUUCGUCUCCCGGCGGCGGUUGGGGCCUCCGUCAUGUCGCCGCCUCCUGCAGCUUUCCCUCUCCUGGUACAGAGAACACGCCGCCGUGCAAGUGGCCGGACGUCGACGACUCCGGCGACGUGUGUACCGGCUACUUGCAGGAUGCUUUGUUUAACUUCAAUACAAAGAGGAGGAGGCUGUUACUGUUUGGUGAUGAUGAUGAUGAUAAUCCAGCUGGCAAUUGCAAAGACUUGAAUGUUGUGUGGAACAUCACAAAGCUGGAUUAUGAUGAUGAUGAUGAUGAUUAUGGCCACAACAUAAAGGUGCAGCAUUCUUAUGAGAAUUGGGAUGAUAGCAUUCCAUUUCCAGAGAUGAAAAGCAAUCGGUCUGAGGAAGAAGAAGCAGCUUUUGAUUCUCGCAAAUUCUAUCACAGUAAUAAUAAGCAUACCCCACCGUCCUUUUCCGCCGGAAGCGUCGGCGGCGAUCGGCGGCCAACGGAAAAGGCUUUGGCAAAAUUGGCGUACCCUUUCGCGGUGGUGAAGCCCGGAGGGACGGAAGGUGACCUCACGCUGGACGAAAUCAACGAGAGGAUUCUGAUGCCGCCGACAAGGCCUGUGAAGCAUCCGGUCGGAGACUUUGCCUGCCGGCCGCUUGUUUCGCCGGACGGACCCGGCUUGUCCGGCAAGGCGGUGGUUGCUUUAACUAGAAUCCAGACUCGGGGUAGAGGGACCAUUACCAUUAUCAGGACUAGAGGCUAAGAGAAGUUGAUCUUGAAAAUUUAAAAAGAAAAAGUGAAAAAAGAAAAGAAGAAGAGAAAAGAAAGCGAUAUUCCGUAU